AGAUAUUUUUGUGGAGUAGUUUACAAAAAAAUGUAGAUUUUGUUAAAUAUAGUAACUGAACAUGGAUGCGGCAAAUCUUCAUGCUUUAAUGGAAGCAGCGUUAGUUGGAAACAAACGAGAUGUUUAUGAUUAUACUGCUGGCCAUCUUAACUUUAACAGAUACAACAGAAAUGUCACCAACAUCAGUGAAAAUAAAGUUCGAUGGAAAUGUUGUGAAAAACAGACACCGGAAACUACAAAGAAACCUCCAUUAGCUGUAAAGAAAAACAUCAACAAAAUGUCAGAUGCUUUGUUUAACUUUAGCGCUGGUACAGCUGGAGCAUUGGCAGCAGAUAAUUCAAGUAUGUCGAUUCAUGAGGAUGAAGAAACUAUGUUGACUUCUACUGCCUCACAAGAACAAUUGGAGAAAUCGUUAUUUGAGGAAAUGCAGAGGUUUGUGUGGAAAACACCUCCACCUAGUGUCUCGUCACAAACACAACAUGAUGCUCAAUUGCCAAAAGUUGUUUCGAGACAAAAGAAAGUUUUACCCCCAAUAAAAAGAUCAUCCAAGGUGGUUUGUGAAGAACUGAAGCUUCCAGAAAUAAUGUUGCCGACUACGGACGACACUCGUGAGAUUCCGAUGUCCCUACAAGGUGGCAACACUGACAAUAACAAGAAAUAUGAACGAGCAAAGUUCAUCACGACUUAUCAUGCUGGUGUUUCGGCAAAGGAUCAAUUCCAGAAAAUGGUGGAUUUUGAAAGAACUGUUUUAAGAAAGCCAGAAACAUUAGAACAAAAAUUAGGAGACGGCCACAAAGCUGUUGAACAUCUUGAACAAAAGUUGGUUUCACGUCUUAUGGAGUUCCGCUUGAAAAAUAUUCACCAUGGAUUGUCAUUCCAUCGGUUGCAGUUAUAUUCUGAAAUAUGGAACGACAUGUCCUUAGACUCGACCAUAUUCGGUGAAUUGUUGAACGAAAUAAAAGAAGAAUACGAUUCGUAUUUGGUUCAUUUGAUUGACAGCUCGCAGUCAACAAACCGAGCGGAGCUGGCUCAAUGUUUGGAACUGAUCAAAGGAAUGUCUAGUCAUGAAAAAGUGGAGAUGAGUCAGCAACUUCAAGAAGAAGUGGAAAAUCUUGAAGAGAAAUGUAAAACUGCAUUGCUGAGAAACCACGAACUUAGAAAAAAAGUCGUAGAAGAGAAUGCAAGAAUUGAAAAAGAAAAAAGGUUACAGAGAGAAGAAGAUGAGGAAAAUAUAAGAAGGAUGCUACCUGUUCGACGCAACCAUCGUAAAGUUCAACCAAAAUCCAGAGAAAACAGCUUAAGUGGAAGGAAAUCUAAACUUAAAACUGAACAAAAACUUCAGCUUCUGCAUUCAGAAAUAUGGGACAAGUUAGAUCAUCUAAGUGAGCAACGUGAACUACUACGAAACUCUUUUGUUCCGAAACAAAGUCAUAGAAACGUCCAGCACGCUGUGAAAGAUACAGAGGUUGAAAUACAAAAACUUCAACAACAAACAGAGUAUUUGACCCAACAUAAACAGGUUCAUGUCAAUAAAUUGGAAACUGAACUUAAAAGAUCAAUAGUCAGUCAAGAUGUAAGAAGCCAAAUUCAAAACAUCAUUGAACAAAGAUCUUCACAAUCAUCCAUGUAAAGAUAAAGAUCCUAAAUCCACACUGUGAUUUGUUAUAUUUCCUUUCAAUGUAUAUAAAUAAAGAAUUUAUAUAAACAUA